AUAAAUAAAACAAACCAGAGAAAGGGGGAGGAGCCGCACCGGGAGUAAAGUGGCUGCACAGAGUGUCAGUCCGUCCGAUCCGCGGCGCAGCACAGACACACGCGCCUGACAAGUCGCGCGCGCUCCGUGCCGAGCACAGACAGGCGGACACUGACUCGACACACGGCCGCAGCUUUUCUCCGUCUAAAAAUGCAACGGCCGUCUUUGUGGACGUAACCAGCGCCGUUAGCGAAAACAAGGACAAACGCCGGAGGAGGAGGAGGAGAAGGAGGUGGCGGACAGGAGGAGCAGCGAGAGGUGUCGACGGCAAUACUCCGAAGGUCUAAUUUGUCUGUGAUGAGCAUCCCCGUCCACCAGAGAGCAAAAAUACGGCCUGCCCCUGUUGUUCCUGCUGAGAGGAAGUGAUGUCACGCCACCACCACCGCUACGAGAGGGACUACCGCGGACCCUGGGAGCGACGAGACAUCCGUCCGUCCGGCCUCCACAAUGGAGGAGCCAACCACAGCUGUGCCUCUGCUGUUGUCAAUGGCAACAACCGUCCGGGGCUCCUUCCCCUCCCGGUCAUCCCCUCCCUCCUUCCCACCCCUGUCACAGUUGCCGUGACAACAUCGAGCGGUGACCUCGCGGUCAAGCGAGGCAUCACGGGAGCGGGAGCCGUGGCUCCGGCGUCAGCCAAGGUUUCUGGCUUGUCUCCAGGAGACAACCAGACCCCGGGACUGCUGUUGGCUCCGGGAGUCAGGUGGGGACAGACGCCCAUCAACCAGCUCACACCCUGGGAUACAGAUGAGCCCCCUGCUAAGCAACACAGAGACGGAGAACCCACAGGACCAAACUGGGCCACACCGGUCGCAGCUGUCAGCCAGCCGAGUCUCCUGCCCCACACCUACACCCUCCCUCAACCUCCAUCGUUCAGCCACAGUGUCACAGCUCAGUCACCCAUCAUAGGAGUGACCCCGUCCAUCCAGGCGCCGAUGGCCCCGCAGCAUCCCCUCAUGACCACCCACUUCCAGCUCACGCCUCAGUCCACUCAGCAGCCGCACUCCAUGGUGCUGAGCCUGCCCAGCCAGCCUCCCUACGUGUCGGCCCAGCCAACGGUUACACCGUCCGCCCUCGCUGCCCAAGCCAACCAGGUGGUUCAUCCGAACCCUCACAGCAUCAUGGGCAAUGGCCACCUGACCUCUCACUCCAGCCUCCUCCAGCCCCCCGCUCUGCCCCUCACCAACGGACAGGCAGCACUGGUGCAUGCCCAGCCUACUGCUGCAGACAAUCAGGACGGUCCCAAUGGGUUGCAAAUGCUACGGACAGUCGGGAGUGGGAAGUACGAGUUCAGUGACCCGGGACACCCCAAAGAGAUGUUGAAGGAGUUGAACCAGCAGCGCAGAGAGAAAGAGUUUACAGACCUGAAAAUUAUUGUUGAAGGCAAAGAGUUUGAAGUCCACCAAAAUGUUCUAGCUUCCUGCAGCUUGUAUUUCAAGGACCUGGUGAAAAGGUCGUCAGGGGAGACGAAGAGCGGGGAGAUGCUGGAGCUCCACAUGAGCAACAUCAACGUCGACGUUCUGGAGCUGCUGCUUGAGUUCGUCUACACGGGAUCGCUGGUCAUCGACUCGGCCAACGCCAAGACGCUGCUGGAGGCCGCCAACAAGUUCCAGUUCAACACCUUCUGUAAAGUCUGCGUCUCCUUCUUAGAGAAACAGCUGACUGCCUCUAACUGUCUGGGAGUGCUGGCGAUGGCUGAAGCCAUGAGUUGCACCGAGCUACACAACAUGGCCAAAGCUUUUGCUCUGCAGAACUUCCCUGAGGUGGCCGGUCAGGAGGAGAUUUUGAGUGUUUCCACGGAGGACCUGGUGGCGUACCUGUCCAACGACAGUCUGAACACGAAGGCUGAGGAGCUGGUCUAUGAAACUGUCAUCAAAUGGAUCAAGCAAGACCCCAACUCCAGAGUUCAGCAAUUGUCGGAGCUGCUGGCGGUGGUCCGUCUUCCCUUCAUUCAUCCAUCCUACCUGCUUAACGUGGUGGACAACGAGGAGCUGAUCAAAUCAUCGGAGGCGUGUCGUGAUCUGGUCAACGAAGCCAAGCGCUACCACAUGCUGCCCCAUGCACGGCAAGACAUGCAAACACCCAGGACCCGGCCCAGACUUUCUGCAGGUGUAGCAGAGGUGAUAGUUCUGGUGGGAGGGCGUCAGGCCAUUGGGAUGAACCAGCGCUCCUUGACAGCGGUCACAUGCUUUAACCCCCAGAACAGUAAGUGGUACCCGCUGGCCAGCCUGCCCUUCUACGACCGUGAGUUCUUCAGCGUCAUCUCGGCGGGAGACAACAUCUACCUGUCAGGUGGCACUGAGUCAGGUGUGAUGGUGGCCGACGUGUGGUGCUAUAUGUCCCUAUUGGACAACUGGAAUUUGGUGUCCCGGAUGACCGUGGCUCGCUGCAGACACAACAGCCUGGUAUACGAUGGAAAACUGUACACCAUUGCAGGACUGGGCGUGUCAGGAAACCUGGACCACGUGGAGAGGUACGACACGAUCACCAACACAUGGGAGACGGUUUCUCCUCUUCCUAAACCGGUUCAUUCAGCGGCUGCCACUGUGUGCGGAGGGAAGGUCUACGUUUUCGGGGGCGUGAACGAAGCCGGGCGCUCGGCGGGCGUCCUUCAGUCGUAUGUCCCUCAGAGCAACGCCUGGAGUUUCAUCGAAUCGCCCAUGAUAGAUAACAAAUACGCUCCUGCUGUGAGUCUAAACGGCUAUAUAUUCAUCCUGGGAGGGGCCUACGCUCGAGCCACCACCAUCUAUGACCCGGACAAAGGCAACAUCAAGGCCGGGCCCAACAUGAACCACUCUCGGCAGUUCUGCAGCGCCGCCAUCCUGGACGGGAAGAUCUACGCCACCGGAGGCAUAGUGAGCAGCGAAGGUCCGUCGCUCGGCAACAUGGAGACGUUCGACCCCUGCACCAACACGUGGACGCUCCUGCAGUCUCUGCCCUGCCCUCUCUUCAGACACGGCUGCGUGGUCAUUAAGAAGUACAUCCAGAGCGGCUGACGGCGGCUCGGACCGGACCAAACACUAGCUGAGCGAUGCGUGACGGCAGCUUAGAGCUGGGUCAGUCCGUCUGUUGGUGACAUUUGGAGUGACGCCAGCAUCGAGCCACACCCCCACCCCACCCCCUCAAACCAGACCCUGUGCAGAAUGUACUCAUGUUCAGCUACUCAGCCAUGCCAGGUGACGACGCCCAACCUCCAGUACUGUGCGUGUUAUGGUAGUAGUCCAUCCUCUCAUCUGACAGGCACAGGGACCCUUCGUCACUCAUAGCCAACUGGUUUCAAGUGAAGUCUUCUUUUCAGUUCUCCUUUUUCCUAGUCUCCGUGAACGCACCACUUUACGUCUCUUUGGUACAGUCAGAUCAUCGCAGGUCCGUGUUUUUUGUCACUUCGAGUGAAUUGCAUUUGACAGCUGUAGGUUAGAGCAGGAGUUUACACAACAGGAAGAGCCGUUAAGAGAAAUGGGACUGGGUUUCUCUCUCUCUGCUUGGUCUGGAAGAAAAACUUGUGUGUAUUUAUAUGAGGGAAUUUUAAAAACAGAUUUUUUUUUAGUCUGUGUGACCUAGUUCUUUUAACAUCUUGUUAAACAGGAAGGAACACGAUCAAAUUUAGGUCGGAUCAGAUUUAAAGGGAGAAAAUCCUCAUUCCUUCAUUAUCACGGAGUUCCAGUUGGAUGGUGACAUCAUCUGGAGCAACGGUGGGAGUUCUUUCUCCCCCCCCACUCAAACACGGUGACUUUCUGGGACAUACACCACAAACGGAGAGGGGGGGGAGGGAUCCCUCCUCCUGGUGACGUCGAGUUGGGAAAGCUCCUCUCUGGAUAAA